AUGCCACGGGCCACCAGUCCAGGCAUGCUGAGCUCCACCAGCCAAAGGUACACCAGCAUCAACCGCUCUAAGUCCACAACAAAAACAAGACCUAAUUAUCAUCACAAAGCGAGUGCCAAAGAAGAUCAGGGCGACAAAGCAAACUCUUCAUUGUUACUAAUCAGUCCCAACAUUAAUUCAACCGCUCGAAAGAUCAAGCCGCAGGAAAAAGAUCAAUUGGGCUUUGCGGCCAAGUUCCUGCAGCGCGGUGGCUUACGCGGUUUUGGUGCAACGAAGGGCGGCGCCGCGGCUAAACCCGUCUCCAGCUUAUUGCCUUCCGCGUGGGCGCUGUCGCCGGGACGGUCGCUGCAGCUGGUGGCUAAUUCGGCGGUGAUGCCGCCGGAUAAUUCUCGGGUGAAGGCCAAGUCUAAUGGUGGUGGUGUGAAUGGAGUUUUGAAGUAUUUUAGACAGAAGAAGGUUUCACCUGUGCAAGAAGAGGAGUUUCAUCGGUUUCGGAUUUUGCACAAUGUGCUUCUGCAGUGGAGGUUUGCCAAUGCUAGAGCUGAGGCUGCCAUUUCUGCUAACAAUAGCAUUGCCCAGAGUAAAUUGUUCUCUGUGUGGCUUUGGAUCUUCAAAACGAGAAAUUGGACAGUAGAGAAGAGAAUACAGUUGCAGAAGCUUACAUUGGAGAUUAAGCUGUAUGAGAUUUUGAAUCCUCAAAUUUUGCUCCUUAAUGAAUGGACGAAAUUGGAGAGAAGAAAUCAAGAAUCAGUGGGGAAGUUAGUGACAAAAUUGUCAGGACUUUCAGUUAGGCUUCCUCUAGUACGUGGUGCCAAGGCAGAUGUGAUGUCUGUUUAUGAAGCCAUGAGCGAGGCCGUAGAAGCCAUGGAUGAUAUAGAAGCAAUUAUUACUAGAUUUUCCGCACAGGUUGAGAGUAUACUUUAUAUGGUUACGGAGCUUCUGAUUACGAAGAAGCAACAUACGGAGAAUUUUAAGGAGCUGGAAAGGGCUGUCAAUUCCAUUUCUACGCUGGUGGCAAAGGAGACGAGUGUAAGAGCACACUGCAUCCAAGUAGCUUUGGGGUCUGUGAGAAGCCAAAAUGGUUGA